AUGGAUCCAACAACAUUUGAAAUUUUAUUAAAUAAAGUCCACCAAAAGAUACAACGUUCAAACACCAUAAUGCGAGAAGCCAUACCUGCUCGUGUAAAGUUACAAGUUACUUUAUCAUAUUUAGCUACAGGUAACAGUUAUCGAAAUUUACAACAAUCUUUUCGAGUUUCAAGAGCAGCUAUUUCAAAGUUUAUUCCAGAAGUAUGCGAUGCAAUAUAUGAGGCUUUGGGAGAUUUUAUAAAGGUGCCUAGUACACAUGAAGAAUGGAAAGUUAUCGAAGAGGGUUUCAAUAAAAGAUGGAAUUUCCCAGGAUGCUAUGGUGCUAUUGAUGGGAAGCACAUCAAUAUUCGUGCCCCUGCAAAUUGUGGAAGCUAUUAUUUCAACUACAAGGGUUCUAAUAGCGUUGUUCUUAUGGCAAUUGUUGAUGAUAAUUAUUGCUUUAGAUACGUUAAUGUGGGGUGUAAUGGAAGAUUUUCAGAUGGGGGAGUUUUCCAAAAUUGUGAAAUAUCUAAAGCAUUAGAAAAUAAUCUGUUACCAAAUGGAGGCUUUAUAGUAGGAGAUGAUGCAUUUCCUUUAAAACCCUAUUUAUUUAAACCAUACUCUCUGAAACAAUUAACAUUAUCAGAAAAAAUAUUUAAUUACAGGCUAUCUCGUGCAAGACGCAUUGUAGAAAAUGCUUUUGGCAUCUUAGUUGGAAAGUUUCGUGUUUUUGAAAAACCAAUUGCUUGUGAUGUUUCAACAGUUGACAAAAUUAUUCUUGCUUGUUGUGCAUUACACAAUUGGCUAAGAAUAACAAAUAAAAAUUAUUUUUCACGAGGGUUAGUAGAUGAAGAAAAUCUUGAUGAGUAUAAAAUAAUUGAAGGUUCUUGGAGGUUUCAAUCACACAAUGGAUUAUUACCUAUUUCAAAUGCUGGAAGUAAUCAUUCAUCACAAAUUGCUAGACUGUUGAGAGAAAAAUAUACUGCAUAUUUUAUGAACGAAGGAUCUGUGCCUUGGCAAGAAAGAAUGAUUUUUUGA